AUGUGGGUAUUAGUUGCUCAGCUGAAGAAAGAAAACGGUACUAAUGAGGAGUCAAAGACAAAUGACAGACAAAGUGAUGCAGUGGACAGUAUAUAUGAUCCAAAAAAUACUGAUAUUGAUAGCAAGGAUCCUGUCAGCACUGAGUUCCAAGCCCUUGAUCAUCUAUCUCCACCUCCUGACAUUCCAAAGGAAGAACCCCUUGUUGCUCGCCUCAAGGCUCGAAUGCAAGAGAUGAAGGAAAAGGAGCACAGGUAUGUGGGGAAUGGAGAUGCAAAUUCACAUGUGUGUAAAGUAUGUUUUGAAUCACCAACUGCAGCUAUGCUUCUUCCUUGUCGUCAUUUUUGCUUGUGCAAGUCGUGCUCCCUUGCAUGUUCAGAGUGUCCAAUAUGCCGGACAAAAAUUGCAGAUAGGAUUUUUGCUUUUACCUAGAAGUUGCACUUAAGCCCUCCAAAUGAUUGAAAAGAGGAGCUCAUUAUGAGUGUACCUCAUAUUGUGCAAUUCUUUGAUUGGUUGAGUUGUAUGUAAUUGUGUACUAAAAUGCUUUUUCUUGUACAUCUUUCCACCGACUACCAAAGGAAGCAACAAGGAAAGACCAAAAUAUCAAUAGAUGAGUUUUGAGGAAAGCUUAUAUGCUUCUCAAUCGUGUGAUCUUGGAACUUUAUGUCUAAUGUACAUAAGAACAACUUAAAUGCCAUUAAUGGUGAUUUCUUCUACUGCUCUCAAUUCUGAAAUUUGUAUAUCACUGUGUUACAUGUCAUGCUUUUUGUUUUUGGUUGUACACAGAUAAUUUUUGUAUAUUAGUAUAUGAAUUACACGU